ACAUCUAUAUAUUUCUUUGAUAUUUCAUAUUAUAAGUAACUCGCAAGUUCUUCAAUGUGCCGUUGUUAAAUAUGUAAGGAUUUGUUAAGGGGCAUACUCGUAUAAUAAAAAUGUGGUAUUCAUUUGUUAUGGUUGCUGUCUUUGGACUUGUUUUCCAGCAAUUUCUUAGUUACAGAGAUUGGGUGGACUGGUCUACAAAAGAUGUGAUGAAUGUAAACCCGGGUGCCUGUGAAACUAUCAUAAAGGAGGGCGGAUCCGAAGAUAUAACACAUAUAGGAAACGGAAUCAUGUUAAUGUCGACGGGUUUUGGCUUUCUCGGUCCUCCGGGCAAAAUGAAAGCUGUGGAUUUGAACAAUGGUAACAAGGUGAUUACAUUAAACAUGACAAAUAUACCUUCUAGGGAAGACUUCUUGUCGUCUCCGCACGGUAUUACAACAUGGCGAGAUCCUGAUACAGGUAUUUUUUCUGUUUGUUCAGAUCAGUUAUUCCUCUAUGUGGUUACCCAUCCGCCCUCUGAAGAUCAUAUAGAAGUGUUUGAGGUCCUCAAAUCUCUAACCUUGAGAUAUGUCAAGACGAUAAAAGAUCCGAAGUUUGACUUUAUGAAUGAUCUUGUGGCAGUUGGAAAGGAUAAGUUCUACAUCACUUACUUUGCCAGAUUUCGUGAUUACAACCGAUAUAUGAUGGAAACGCUGAUGGGCAUGAAAAACGGUGCAAUAUUUUAUUAUGAUGGGCACAAGGCACGGGAGGUUGCAUCUGGCUUUCACCUUCCCAACGGAAUUAACAUCUCUCCAAACAAAAAAGUAAUAUACCUCGCAGAGGCUGCUGCUAAGAAAAUAAGGGCAUUCCGUAGAGAUUCUACAAACAAUCUUGUUGAAAUCUGGAGUAAUAAUAUUGGAACCAUCCCUGACAAUAUUGAUGUUGACCCCGAUACGGGGGACCUUUGGAUAGGAUCCCAUCCGAUAGGAUGGAAAACUAUUGACACAUAUUUUGGAUCUAUACCUCCUUGUCAAGUUCUUCGUUUGAAGAUGCAUGAGAAUACGAUUUCGGAAAUAGAGAUGAUUUACCAAAACGACGGAACUGAAUGUUCGUCUUCCACUGUUGCCUCAUACACUGCUGGAAAAAUGAUCAUCGGAACUGUUCAUGCACAGUCCCUCGUCUGUGACGUGGGAUAUCUGUCAAAAAACUAAAAGCUAAAUGCAAAUA